AUGAAGAGCGAAUUGUGCACUACCGCUUAUACUACCACCACUUCCACUAUUACCAAUGCGAUCGAUACUGUCGCUACCGUCACUAUUGUGAUCACUAGGAGUGCGGGUCAAUCUUCAGAUGGACAACUACAUCGAAUGAUCAAUAUCCCGAACGGUCAAAACCCGAAUAGACCAAAUAGGUCAAAGUUUUGGCCAUUCAGAGUUACUACGAUUCAAGAUUUCGACGUGCCAGUUAAUGCAACUACUACCACUACGACCACCACCACCAAUAUUGGCACCAUCACCACUCUGACUACGAUCACUACGGUUACCUACACCAAGACUAUCACCACUACCAAAACUGUGACCAUUACCGUUACUACCAGUAUUAUUUCACUAGCAGAGAAACUGGAGCAGGCGAUAAUCCUGAAUCAAAGAAGAAAGAAAUAUGGUUCGCAGAACUUGCGACUUCCGGUUUCACCCUUCUUCAAGCUGACGAUGCAGGAUAACCGCCUCCUCUUGCUUCUCAAUCCCUUUGAUUUCCGUGUCAGAUCGAAGAACAUUAAUCCUGGUUACAUUGUUCAAGCGAGGCACGAAGAAGCGACAGAAUACGAACUUCACUGA